UGUCAUGCUUGAUGGUACAAAAAACUCUAGUUUUCUAUUGAUUUUAGAUGCUAAAUCGUUUAAAGAAAUUGCCAGAGCAGAAAUGGAACUUGGUAAAAUCGUUCCUUACGGAUUCCAUGGAUUAUGGAAUGAUCUUUAUUAA